CGCACCACGCCGACACCAACGACUUCACAACAGCGCAGACAUGGCGCAAAGUGGCAGCCAAGGUUCACCAUCCUUCCCGGAGAUAGUGGAGCUGAACGUGGGGGGCCAGGUGUACGUCACCUGCCUGAAGACUCUCACCGCGGUGCCGGACUCCCUGCUGUGGACCCUCUUCAGCCAGCGGCGACCCGCCGACCUGCCCAAGGACGGCAAAGGACGCUUCUUCUUCGACAGGGACGGCUGUCUGUUCCGCUUCGUUCUGGAGUACCUGCGAGACUUCGACCUGGUCCUCCCCGACUGUUUCCAGGACAGGAGAAGACUGAAGAAGGAGGCGGACUUCUUUCUGCUCCACGACCUGUCGCGGCGCCUCGGGUCGGCGGAGCCGAGCGGGGCCGCGCCCGCCGCCGGCGCCGCCGGUGCCGGCACCGCGCUCUGCCGCCCGCUCGCCAAUUCGGGCCCGGGUGACUGCGGCUACAUCACCAUCGGCUACCGGGGCACGUACACCAUCGGGAGGGACAUGCAGACGGACGCCAAGUUCCGCCGGGUGGCCAGGAUAACCGUGUGCAGCAAAAUAUCGCUGGCCAAGGAAGUUUUCGGGGACUCUCUGAACGAGAGCCGCGACCCGGACCGGACCCCGGACAAGUACACGUCCAGGUACUACCUGAAGUACAACUUCUUGGAGCAGGCGUUCGACCGGCUGGCGGAGGCGGGUUUCCUCAUGGUGGCCUGCAGCUCCACGGGCACGUGCGCGUACACCAGCAGCGACCCGAACGAAGACAAAAUUUGGAGCAGCUACACCGAGUACGUGUUCUGCCGCCAGCGAUGAGGCGUCCCGCGGACACCGGACCCGUCCCGCGGACACCGGAGCCGUCCCGCGGACACCGGAACCGCGCGCGACUCUCAAACUUGACAGCGACAGGUUUUUUGUUUUGUUUUUUUUUUGUUUUUUCUUCUGUUUUUUCUGUUUUUGGUUUGUUUUUUUGGUCCCCGGAUAGACGUGUUAGGCAGUCAACCGGAGAGGGUUGGGGGACUUGCGGUUGCUUUCUAAAAACCAAGUCCAUCAGAUAAGGACUCUAAAUUCAAAAGAAAGAAAUGUCAACACAGAAGCAUGCCGAAGUUAAAUAUGUUGGCUCAACAGCCUCUGCUGAAGUCUACCAUUCCCACAGAAAGCUGCUCCGAAGUCUAAAAUCCUGACCCCCCCAAAAAAGGGGUCCUAAAUGAAAAUCCCAAGGGCAAAGCCUUCAAAAGUAUGGAAUUCCCACAGAGCGGCGUCAUCAGCUCUGCUGGGUCCCAAAUCUGUCCGACCCGCCGCUCCAUGGAAGGCCAUGAGAACGUUGCUAAAAAAAAUAAAAAAAUCUUUAAUUGUCUGAUAGAUGUUGUGGCCCCGAGUGUGAUUAGCAAUUAGUGAGAAGAAUUGUUCCAUUUUAUUUACACUUUUUGUCCCUCAGAGACAGUUUUCUGACCCCCCCCCCCACCCCGGGGCCUUCCUUUACCACAUCUCUCACCAUUCGUCCGUCGGUAACAAGUAAAAUCUGUGGAGGAAGAAAAACUUGAACUGAACUACUUUCACGUAGACCGGCCUUCCACUCGGGCUGCACAAGGGCUUUCUGAUUGGGCAAAGCGGACCCCGGACCCCCUAAGAGGCCUCGAGUCCCCCCCCCCCCCAUGGUUUGACAGGUUUGUAGUAAAUUUGCAUUUGAUUUGAUUAAAUGCACAUUUAUUUGGGAAAUCCGCAGCAAUGCAACACACAACAUCGCCUGGCACGACGGGGGCCUUCCGAGGGGCCCAUAUCCACUCCCCGUCCACGCCCGAUGUAAAGACGGCGGGACAAUCGGGGACCCAUAGUACAGUUGCCCCCCUAAGUGGGGUUUUCCAGCCCUCGCUAUCAUAUAUCCGAGCAGAGAGUGUGCAGACGUCGGUUGGUGUUGCCCUGAGAGUAGCUUGGCUUCCAGCAGCGGGGCCACAGGCUUCAGUGGAAAGAAGACAAACCGCAGACCGGGACCCGGCACAGCAGAUGUCGGUAUGAACCCUCCGGUGACGUCGGCCGCAAGGCGCGGGUUACGGGCCGCCAUCCACAUUCUUCAGUACUAGCCACCGGUUAAGCGUGCUUGCAUCUUUUCUGUUGACAUCGGUGUUUAGAGUGGCUUGUUUAUCCGACGAGGAAGACUAUGAGAAAGGCCACGUGUCAGCUGCAGCCGAAGCAGUGCGGUCGCUGGCCCCUUGUUGUUGUUGUUGUUGUUGUUUUUUUUUUUUAACUGUUAUAUCACAUGCUUUUUAGGCAUUACUCUGCAGUGCGGCAAGAGGAGUCGUUGGAUGAUGAUGAUGAUGAUGAUGAUGAAGAUGAGAUUGGUUUGCUUGUUUGCCAUGAUAUUAUGAUUAUGAAGACCUGUUAAGUUUUUUGUUAUUUUCCCUCAGCUGUAAGUGAUAUCUGGCUAUACUUACGACGUAGCGGACACCUCGGUAUUGUACGGUGUAACUUCUACGUGAGGAGGCGAGGCGCCGGGCGGUCUCCGCGCCCUCCCUCCGCUGUGUUGUCAUGCUUUUCUAUUCAAGCGCUUGCAAAUAAAGCACGACAAAGUAGGCUGACACCAUUGACCUUAAUUAAACUCUGUGCUCGCCCUGAAGCUUGCUGCAGGCCC